CUUAGUUUAAUUUGUUUCUUUAUCUAAAAUUUUGUUGUUCAUACGUUGUAUAAACAUAAUUAUAAUAAUUUUUAUAUGUAAACUUUAAAUCGAACACUUGUCCAUAUAUGUAUAUAUCUUUUAGUAUUGUAAAGUGUAACCUUAUCCAUUUUUAAUAUUUACAACGUUUUUUAAAACUUGAGUGUCUCUUAUACUCAACCACCCCCAUAAAAUAAUAUACACCCUCAUUACAAAAAAAAAAAAUUAUUCGCCCCCUACUUCGUAACCACCUUAAUCCAAUCCUCCAACUUAGCUAUAUCCGCAAAAACAAUAAACUUAUCCAAAUUACACGAAUAAUCCUCAUUCUUAAUAACCGUCGACACCAACCCCCUCAAGUACCACCUCUCCCCCUUCUUAACAAUAAACCCCGCCCCACUAUCCCCACUACAAGGUCCACUCCCGUCUUUAUUCCCUGCGCAGAACGUCAUCUCCGACGUCAGAUUCUUGAAAUCAGCAUGCGACCUCAGGCAGAUCUCUUGGGACACCACAGGCAUGUCCACCUUUCUGGGUACUCCCAUCACGUUCUGGACCUCCUCACUUUUAUCCCAUACAGCGACAACCCCUUUCGAGCGGGUACUGCGUUUAAGGUUGGUGUCUCCUGUCCAGAGGAAGAUGGGUCUGACUGUGAUCUUGAGGGACACCUCUUCGUUCAACUUGAUGAGGGCGGCGUCGCAGUGGCCGGAACCUUGUUUGUAGUUGGGGUGAGGGGUAACCUUAAGGGCUGUUCGGAUCAAGGCGCCUGUGGUAGCCCAAUGGGUGAGGUCGGAGCGGCCCAUACCAGGAGGAUGUCCUCUUUGGCGAUGAGUGGGCAGCUGGGAAAAAUGAAGAAAUGGCGUUUUAUAGUUACCGAUAUUGAUGCGCCUAUUCGUUAUCAAAUUGGAGAUUCACUGGAAGGUGUAGGAUACCCCUUGUCUGUGGAACAUAGCAGCCAACCACGGAUAUCCAUUAUCCUCUUUUCUCUCCUUUCAGGACUAAAAUCUCUAUAUCUUUAGUGAGUCCCCAACUUUCCUCCACCGUUAAUUUUGGUAGAAAUGUUGUUACUGAUGGUACGUUCUGGGAUUAAUUUAUAUGGGGUGUCACCUGCGGUACGCUUGAAGAAGAAGGUUCUGUAAUUAAGAUAUUAACGGUGUUCGAUUUAAGGGUAUUGUUCACACCACUGUGGAUAUUGUAGGCGUACUGGUUGAUCCUGAAGAUGACAUUAGCCCAUAAAUUGGUACCUCCGUCAACGCGUACUGCAAAAAGAGUUUUUUUUUGUUGACAAAUUGUCAACAUUUCUUUGUUUCAAUAAUAUCCAGAAGAUUUCUCAAUACACGACUGUUCUAUAGUCAAUUUAGAAAAAUUUGGACUCUUGGCGACAACUGAAAAAUCAUCACCUAAUUAAUUCUCAAAUUUAUGUAGGUUUACAAGGUGAACCCAAAAUAACUGAUACAAACUUCUUACAAAAAGCGUAUAUCUUUUAAGUAAAAAAAAAAAACAUUCAAUGAAGAUCCAAAGUAUAUUUCACUUUUGGGUCCAAUGUAAAAUAUGUACUGAAACCCAAUAUUAUUAGUACAGUGGAGUUUCGUCCAAACAGGGUUAACAGGGCCAAGGGCUCUCUUUGGAAGAAUUGUUUUUUCCUGUCGUUGUAAAAAUUCCACACAUAAUUUUAGGUACAAUGAAUACAAAAAAUUGUCCAUACCAGGAUCAGUUCGACAGGCUGGAUAAACUGAGAGUGAAUGGAAAUCGCCAUUUGAAAAACUGAACAAGUAGAAAUUUUGGGAUUCCAUGAAAGUGUGAAAAAAAAAAUGAAUU